AUGCAAAAUUAUACGACAAUAGAAUCAGGGCUGGCCCUGAUUCCUAGUGCCUCUGGCAACCUCGCGGAAUCUAAAGAGAACUUUGAAUUAGAAAGUCUCAGAUCUAAAUUGGGCCCAUACCUAGCCGGGUUAAUAGAGGCGGAUGGUUCCUUUGCUAUACAUGAUAAAGAUUCUAAAGCUAAAAGAUAUCUACCAAAAAUAUUAAUAGUAUUUAGUUUAGAUGAUACUCCUUUAGCUAAUAAAUUACUAUUUAUAACUAAAGUAGGUAAACUAUAUGUUAAAAAGAAUCAAGGUUGUGCUAUAUGACUGAUUCAAAAGAUAGAGGAUGUCAUAAAAACAAUCAAAAUUAUUAAUGGAUUCAUGCGAACACCUAAAAUAGAAGCAUUGCACCGGGCAGUAGAGUGAUAUAAUAACUUUAAUGGUACCAAAUUAGAACCUUUAGGUUUAGAUUUAUCACCUAUAGAUAGCAAUGCUUGAUUAGCAGGGUUCACCGACGGUGUUGGUAAUUUUAGUUUUAAUUUAACAGAUAGAAAGAAAAAAGGUGCAGUUACUUCAAAAAGAGUACAGGCUUUCUUUCGUAUAGAAUUAAGACAAAAUUAUCAUAGAGAAGCCUCAAUAGAACAAGGAGGUAUUAGUUAUUUCAAGAUAUUGAGUGAUAUUUCUAGAUACCUUGGAGUUAAUUUAUACUCUAGGUCAAGAGAGCAAAAGGAUAAAAUUUUUUAUUCUUAUACGGUUAUGUCACAUAAUAUGCAAAGUCAUAUCAAAACUAUAGAGUAUUUUGACCGUUAUCCUUUAUGUUCUUCUAAAUAUUUAGCUUAUAUAGAUUGAAAACAUGUAGUAGAACAAAUCCAAAACCGUGCGGGUAAACCUUUAACAAGUGAAGAUAUAUUAGAAAUUCAAAGAAUUAAAGCUCAAUUAAAUCAAAACCGUAUUAAAUUCGAUUUUUCUCAUUUAGAUUCCAUUGUUUAA